UUCAAACAGAGUAACAAUAAAACCCUAAAACAGAGGUGAACACAAACAGUGUUGUCUGUAAAAUUAUAUAAGAAUUUAGGUUAAAAAAAAAAACAUGGUGGUGUUUAAUCAUAAAAAGGGAUUUUGGAGGAGCGUGCUUAAUCUUGGAAGAACUGAGAACGAGAGUGAAUUUUCUGGGACAGCACAUAAUAAUUCUGGCCGUGAGAUGAACGUCAGGGUGACGACUAUGGAUGCGGAGCUGGAAUUCGCCAUCCAGCAGUCGACAUCCGGAAAGCAGCUUUUCGAUCAGGUUGUAAAAACCAUCGGACUUAGAGAAGUAUGGUUCUUUGGCCUCCAGUAUACAGACUCCAAAGGAGAUCUUACAUGGGUGAAGCUAUACAGAAAGGUCAUGGCCCAAGAUGUCAAAAAAGAAAAUCCCCUCCAGUUCAAAUUCCGUGCCAAAUUCUAUCCAGAAGACGUAGCCGAAGAAUUGAUCCAAGACAUCACUUUGCGACUAUUUUACUUGCAAGUGAAAAACGCGAUUUUGUCCGACGAAAUCUAUUGUCCGCCAGAAACCUCUGUCCUUUUGGCGUCUUACGCCGUCCAAGCCAGACACGGCGAUUACAUUAAAUCGAAUCAUUCGGCAGGAUUUUUGGCUAACGACAGACUUUUACCACAAAGAGUUAUGGACCAACAUAAAAUGUCCAAAGACGAAUGGGAAGGUAGUAUAAUGACGUGGUGGAAAGAACACAGAGGGAUGAUGCGUGAAGAUGCCAUGAUGGAAUACUUGAAAAUCGCGCAAGACUUGGAAAUGUACGGAGUAAACUAUUUCGAAAUUCGCAACAAAAAAGGUACCGAAUUAUAUUUGGGAGUUGACGCUUUGGGUCUUAAUAUUUAUGAAAAAGACGAUCAGCUCACUCCCAAAAUCGGUUUCCCAUGGUCGGAAAUCAGAAAUAUUUCGUUCAACGACCGCAAAUUUAUCAUUAAACCGAUUGAUAAAAAGGCGCCAGAUUUCGUCUUUUUUGCACCACGUGUACGAAUCAACAAGAGAAUUCUAGCUUUGUGCAUGGGCAACCACGAAUUGUACAUGCGACGAAGAAAACCCGACACAAUCGAUGUCCAACAAAUGAAAGCACAAGCCAGAGAGGAAAAGCUCGCGAAACAGGCGCAAAGAGAAAAAUUACAAUUUGAAAUUGCUGCCCGCGAAAGAGCAGAAAAGAAGCAGCAAGAAUAUGAAGACAGGCUUAAAGCUAUGCAAGAAGAAAUGGAACGUAGCCACGCCAACUUAGUCGAAGCUCAAGACAUGAUUAGAAAAUUGGAAGAGCAGCUCAAACAGCUUCAGGCAGCUAAAGAAGAACUCGAACAGAGACAGAACGAAUUGCAAGCGAUGAUGGAACGUUUGGAAGAGAGCAAGAACAUGGAGGCAGCAGAGAGACAGAAAUUGGAAGACGAAAUUAUGGCCAAACAAGUAGAAGUGCAACGAAUCAGAGAAGAAGUCGAAGCCAAGGACUCUGAAACCAAGCGCCUUCAAGAAGAAGUCGAAGAAGCUCGCCGUAAGGAGGAAGAAUUGAAGCAACAACAACUGGCUAAUGCUACUAAAGGCCACUUGGAAGAAAACCAUCAUGACGAUGACGAUGAAAUGGUCAAUGGUGACGUAAGCAAGGAUCUUAAUACUGACGAAAGUAUUGUCGAUCCUAUUGAAGACAGGCGCACUUUGGCUGAGCGUAAUGAACGUUUACAAGAUCAAUUACAGGCUUUGAAGAAAGACCUCGCCCAAUCACGUGACGAGACAAAGGAAACGGCCAUGGACAAAAUCCAUCGAGAGAACGUCCGUCAAGGACGCGAUAAAUACAAAACUCUACGCGAAAUUCGUAAAGGCAACACCAAACGUCGUGUGGAUCAGUUCGAAAACAUGUAAAUCGAUUUGACAUUUAUUUUUUUUUUGACUUAGUAGUGUUUUUUUUUUUUCUGUAAUAAGAUUAAAACUUUUUAUUGUCAUCAAUAAGGAUUAUUAUUAUAUUGAACAAUUCAAGCAGCCAUCAGCAGCGAGAGGACAUUAUUUUAUAACAAAAUCAAAAAUUUCAAUGAGGUCCAAACCCCUGACAUACAUCCAAUUUUAACAAAAUCUUAUUGGUUAAGCUUUUUUCACCUUUGAUGACAAAAAUAUAAUAAUCAAAAUUCAAAAAUGCUCAAGUUAAGAAACUACCAAAAUAAAAUUGAUUCUACCAUUUAUCCCUUCAAAACUAGCCAUAAAAUCACUGCAGAUUGACUAAAAGUGGCCUUAUAAUGCAAUUAUCAAAACCUACAAGAUGCUUUUAUUAGGGAUAUUUUACAAUAAUUAUUCUAUUAUAUAUACAUAUUUUAUAUAAAUAAAGUUUUUUUCCUUUAAGGUUUUUUCAUAAACUAGUAUUGGUUCUGAAAAUCCCCUCUUGUUAGUUUGUUGUGAUAAAUUAUUAACACUCGUUGCAAAUUUUAGAUCUGCUCUGCGCUUAUUAUGUCUUUUCUUAUUAAUUAUUAUUAUUAAUUUUUUAAUGAAUGAAAGCAUUCCAUUAGCACUUCAUCUUAAGUUUAGUGCCAUUAUUUUUUUUUGGUAAAAGGGCCCUUGAAACUAUAUAACAAAAUUAAGUAUUACAUUGUUAAAUUUGUAAUUUAUUUUUUUCAGUAUUUCGAUUUCUGUUUUAGCUACUGUCUAUUUUAAUGCAUUUGUUCACCUCAAAAUUUAGACUGUAAGACAGGAUAUUUUUUUGGACUGUCCUAUCUUACUUAAAACUCGGACCAUUCAUCCAACAACAGCUGUGUAUAAAAAUAUAUACGAAAUAUUUUUCUAACGAUUUUGCUAUUAACUAUUAUACUGACGAAUUAUUAUUAUUACUAUUAUGUAUGUAUAUAGGAAAUCUAUACCAUGUUGCCUUCUUUUUAUCUAAACGUAAGAGAUUAGUAGUGAGGUUAAGGAUUUUACUUGAAAUAUCCCUCCCACCAUAAUCGAGUAAUUAAUAGUUAUUUUUUUUUAGCCAUUAGCUUUCCUGCGAAAUUAAAUUUUUCAUAAUUUUUUUUUUUUUUGAAUAAUUUUUGGUAGAUUAUUAAUUUUGCAAUUUACUUAUUAUUCAUUUAUAUACUAUAUAGGGUUAUCAAUAAACAUUUUUAUUAGUAAAAUAAAUCAUGUUUUAUUUUAUAACCAAACCAUAAAGCUGAAUUGAAAAAUUUUGAAAAAUUAACUGA